CGUCUAACUUCUUAAAACUAUCGAUAAGUUGAAAGCAGCUGCUUGUACAACUUAUCGUAUAGCAAAAAACAAACGACGAAAUGUCCAUGCAAAAUGCUAAAUUAAUCAAUCAAAAGGAAUAUUUAAAGAAAUAUUUGUCCGGCGACAAGGAAAAGAAGAAGAAAAAGAAGGAAAAGAAACAUAAAAAGUCCAUACAAGCCAAGGUAAAAAUCAUCGACGACGAUGCCUACGAUGCAAACACCGAGGAAAUGGAUGAGGAUCUGCUGCUGGGCGGCGAGGAUGCGCCGCAAAUCGUGGGUGAGUACAUCGAGGAGAAUCCGGACGCAAUACGCAGCAAGUGGCGCAACAUUGCGGUUAAGGAUGAACCCAAAACAGAAGUGGAGGAAAACGGUGACGCUGUGCACAUCAAGCAGGAGCCCGCAGAUGGGGACACAGAAUUGUGGGGUCGCAAGGCGUCAGCAAUCAAAAUCAAACAUGAGCAGUCGCCCAGCAAUAUCGGCGCACCCGCCAUAAAAAUCAAGCUGGAGAAGCGUAGCAGCAGUCGCGAGCAGAGUCCGGCGCAUAACCUCAAGAGACGCACCUCUGACCAGAGCCCACCAAGGCGUCGUCUAGAUGCCAAUCAAAGCCCUCAUGGAAAACGACGUGACUCGGAUCAAAGCCCACCUAGGAGACGUCCUAAUACAAGUCAAUCGCCGCCCAGGAGAAGAAAAGAUACCGAUCAAAGCCCGCCCAGGCGGAGUCGUGAUGCGGAUCAGUCGCCGCCCAGGAGGAAAAGGGACACCGAUCAAAGCCCACCGAGGAGACGUCCUAAUAAAGAUCAAUCUCCACCCACGAGAAGAAGGGAUGCGGAUCAGAGCCCGCCCGGGCGAGGUCGUGUUGUAGAUGAAUCGCAGCCCAGAAGAGGCAGGGAUGGCAAUCAAAGUUCAGACGUUAAACGUUCUAAAGUGAAUGGGUCUGAUCAAAGUCCGCCAAGAAGAUGUCGAGAUGUAGACCAAUCUCCGCCUAGAAAGCGACAAAAUUCCGAUCAAAGUCCACCCAGGCGCCGCCGUGAGGCGGAUCAUUCACCGCUGCGAAGAAGACGCAGCUCAGAUCAAAGUCCGCCCAGGAGACGACAAUCUCCGCCCAAAAAGAGACGGGAUUCCGAUCAAAGUCCGCCUAGGCGAUGUCGAUCCAGCAGCAGAGAUCGACGACGGGCCACGCCGACUAGAAUCAAAAAAGAAGAGCGCAAAAGUCGCUGGGCCAAGGUAGAGCCCAGUCGGACGCCAUCGCCGCCGCCAACACACAAACCGAAGGGGCAAGCACAAAUGCGCACACUGGACGGGAAGAAGGCGGGUCUGCAGGAUGCGCAAUCGCUGAAGACCGAAACAGAUGAGCGACGGCGCGAGGAGCGACGCAUGUUCGACCAAAUGUCCAGCGAGGUGUCCGGCCGAGAUGCGGAGGUGCAGAUGCGCAGCACGGGCCGACGUGGGCGACGAGCACGCGACGCUGCAGCCGAGGAUCCAGCAGAGCAGCAGCGCAAGGAGGCGCACGAGCAGCAAAAAAAGCAGCUAUAUGAACGCUGGGGCAAGGGACUUAAGCAGCUGGAGGAUCAGCGGGCACGACACGAGGAAAUGGCGCACGAGGCGGCCAAACCUGUGGCGCGUUAUGCCAACGACGAGGACUUGGAUCGCCAUCUCCGUGAGCAGGAGCAUGCAGAUGAUCCCAUGCUCGAGUAUAUGCGUCAGAAGCGCAAGAAACGGGAUCAGUUGUCGGAUAAGCCCGUGCUGCCUGUUUACGAGGGCAGCUAUCCGGAAAAUCGGUACGGCAUACGGCCCGGUUAUCGCUGGGAUGGAGUGGAUCGUUCCAAUGGCUACGAGCAGCGCUGGUUUGACAAGCAGAAUGAGCGGCGAGCGGCACAGGACGAGGCUUACAAGUACAGUGUGGAAGAUAUGUAA